UCCAGCCAAGGCGACCAGAGUAGCGCCCGUGUCGCUUGAUCAGGCUUAUGAGAAACUGCCCCCGCGCGCGCUGAUUCUUACACCUGAGAUGACUAGACUCAAUCAGGCAAGGCUCAACCUUAGCGUCGCGAUCCCAAUCGAAGAGUACAGCAGUGUCGAGUCUUCCACCGAGUCCAGCAAUGCCAGCUGCCAAGAGAGUGAGCCAAUCGAUGCCGCGUCGACCAGUCAUGAAGCCGAAGAUGCGACUCCGGUCCACAGUGAGAACGAGUUCCUUGUGCCUUGCGACAGAGCCGGAGAAUAUAGUGAACGUUUGAGCACUAAGGAAUCCAGCGUUUCAGUUUGGGACUCUAGUGGCGAGUCCAGCGCCAGCGGGUAUGGUGAAGCAAAGAUGUGCGCAGAGAUGCCACAUUCACCUGAGUACAACGAAGGACACGGUAGUCCACCCAAGAAGGAUCCAGAUAAAGCUCUGAGCUGCGAAUCCGAUCCCAAUCGUGGUGGUGAAGCGCCUAAGCACGUUAGGAUGCCGUCGCUGCCAACCAUAUCCGAGUUCAAUGACGGUUAUGCUGAACCGCCCACGAAAGAUCCUGACAAGGCCUUAUAUAUGAAUAAGCGUCCGGGAGAUGGCCUUGCCCGAGAGUAUGAGUCUGAAGAGACUCUAGGGGCCGAAUGUUUGCGAGAGGUCGAGUUCCAAGGGGACACUUUCGCAGUUGAAAAUCCAGAUGGAAUUUAUGUCGUUUGCGAUGACAUGAUCCCAUUCUUUGAAGUCAAACAUGAGUCUAAGGUGACUCCAGAGGCCGAAAGUAUACGAGAUGCCAAGCUCCACAGUGACAUCCUCACACUUGAAAUGCCGGAAGGCACCUAUAUCAUUUGCGAUGAUGAGAUCGCCCUGUUCGAAGUCAAUGGCGAGUCUGAACCCAGCAGAAAGUCGAAAGUAGCACGAGUCCUGGACUCAGCGCAAGAGGACAGUGAGCACGAGCAUAAAGAGCCAAGGCCUCCCGGCCUCAAUGAUGAGCUCAAUUGUUGUUUUCUCAUGUCGCAUUCCAAGUUCCGUGGCAAGACCUUCAUGCUUGAGACGCCAGAGGGCAUCUAUGUCAUCCACGGUGGCCUUGUGAUUCUUUUUGAAGUUGCCCAAGCCGCGGAGCGCGAAAUCCAGUUCAGACCCAGCCUAGCGCAAGAUGGGACCGAGUUCAAGGCUAAAUCAGAGCCAAAGUCCCUCAGCCUCAGCGAUGAGCUUAAUUCGAUGCCGAUUUCAGUCACUCUUACGCGCGAGUUGAAUAGAGAACAGGAUUAUGAUUUGAUCGACAAAGAUGCUAACAUACAUGAUGUAUUCGACGCAAUGAACGGCCCUACCUCCCGGAAUCUCGUUAGCGCUGGUCCUGGCAAUGGAGCACCCCAGCCCCCAAAGACCCCACGUUCCCCCGACCUAGUCGAUGACGGCUAUGAAUGCCGACCUGAGAAAGACCCCGACAAAGUCUCAAACAUGAAUAAACGUCCGGGAAAUGGCCCAGCCCGAGAACAAGAGUCAGAGGAGACUCCAGAGGUCAAAUGUUUGCGUGGUGUUGAGUCCCAAGGUGACACCCACAUACUCGCGAUGCCGGAGGGCAUCUUUUCUUUCCAAGCAUAGGCCCGCCCUCGUCUUAAACUAAGCCGACCUUUAAUCAUUUCCCAACAUCCUUUCAAGUUUUACGCGUGUUCUUAUGAUUUCCGAUGAGUGC